GGAAUAGGCAGUCUUCCACGCUUGAAGCUGGGUCCUCAGAUAGAGAGGAAAGUCUUUCUGGAAGCCCACACAUACACUAGCAGAGAGGCAAAAGCUGACGGUAUUGUGGAUAUUGUCGCAGAUCCUAGCGGGAUGAUGCUAGAGACAAUUAAGCUUGCGGAGACGUGGAAGACGAAGGCCAAAGUGGGAGCGUACGGCAUGUUGCACGACGAGAUGCACGUAGAAACUAUGCGCAAAAUG